AUGUGGAAGAGGCGUAUAACCAAAACACAAUGCGGGGCGGCUGGGAAAGCCUUGCGUGCAGGAAACCUCGUUUCUGCCCCUUAUGUUGCUGAAACGGCACCGUAUCGGAAAGAUGAAGAGAUUAUUCCCAGGCCGGAGAAUCCAUCGUGGUCCGCAAUUGGUGUAUUCUUUAGUUGCCGCCUCUCCUCGAGUCAGCGAACCACCGAAAUUUCUCGAUGGACCGGAAUCGUGGUUGGCCGAAAAGAAUGGGCUCGAAUCAAAUCUUGGUCUACGUACAAUAUCCGGUUCCAGACUGAUAUCUCGCUCGAAAGCGGCAAGCAGCCAUUUCCAGCUUGCCUAGGACGUGAAGGCGGCAUAAGAUUAUCUGGCACGCCAGCUCUCAAUGACGCCAUGAACCACUCUGAAUUUCAUCUAGUCGACAGUUCAGCCUUCCUAUGGACGAGCGAACAUCUCUUCGAUCCGAUGGCCGCCAACCAGACAGACCGACUUCCUGCCCAUUUCUAUCCCUGCAUCGUGAAGAUCGGACAGGCUAUGACGCGCAAAGUUCAGCAUGUUAUGGGCAGGACGUUUGAGCUUGUGGCUAGCCAUUCCAAUUCUACGAAAGGAGCAGGGAGCAGUUUGUAUCAGUUUCACCUUUUGGAGGUCAGAUUCCAACCUGUCCUAUCGAAUGGCGUCCGCGUUCUGAACCCUCGUGAUAGCCUUCACGGGAGGCAAAACCGCGAAGACGACUCAGGCAUUGAAGAUACAGUGACGCCUCGGCCAUAA